AAGCUGCUGUGUGUCUGUCUCCACCACCACCAAGGCUAUGACUUUUGCAUACACUCUCUCAUCUAUUGGGCAACUUUUAUUUUAUUUUAUUUUAUUUCCUAAAUUGAAGAUUACUGCUCCUCUUUAAUCUCUCCUCACAAAUUUUCAUUUUUCCUAUCUCAUAAUUUUUUGAUAUCAUUUCUUCAUCCUCCACCAAGAGCAACAACACCGUUUCUUCUCUUCUUCUUUCUUCUUCCCCUUUCCAUUUCUCAGUUCUUGUUCUUAUCCCUCUUUGUUUUUUUUUUUUUCACCUCAAGUGUGGAAACGGGAAAGAAUAAACAAAUCCAAUAAAAAAAGAAAAAAAAAGCAUCCACAACAAAACAUGGGGUGGGGUGCUUUCUUUGCUUAUUCUCUCAAUUAGUCAUCCUAUGAUUUUUCCCCCUUAGAUCGGCGUUGUUUCAUUUUCUUCUAUUUGCUGAGCUGAGUGUGUGACGUGCUUUUUCAUCUAGGAUUCUUCUCGUAUAGUUAACUUUUUUUGUGUUUGGAAACUUCAGAUAUCUUCAAUGCAAGGGCAGAGAGGUACAAUUGGUUCCUUGCAAGAAACCAUAGAAUUUGAUACAUCAAGUACUGCUGCAGUUGAUCAACAUAUUUUCUGGAACAAUAUGCGAAAUCCCGCAGAAAACCAUUUUGCACUUCCCCCCAGUGAUUUGAACCCGUCUUACGCAAAUCCUAUAAACCAUGAAUGGCAGAACCUAAGUGGAUGGAGCUUAGGUGAGCCAAGUUCCAGCAAUACUCAGAAUGAGGUUACUAACAAUGAGCAGAAAGGAGAGCUAGGAUUAUCAUCUUCAAUAAGUUCUGGUGCUAUAGCUGGUCCAAGACUUGAAGAAAGGCGCUUUGAACCAAACAAUACUUUUCCGUUGGACAAUGUCAAUACAAGUUCCAUGUAUAUGCGCAGCUCCAAUUCUCACUUGGUGCCUCAGAAUCUCAACCUAAAUGCAAGCUUAGCAGAUAGUGGCACUGAUAAUGGCUUUCGUGUGGAACAUCCUCCUAACUUGAACAAGUCUAGUGGACCGGUAAACGAGCAUAUUCAACCUUCAAUUGGUUCUAGUCCGUUUCUGCUUCCUUCUGGCACUAAUGGCUUUUUGGUUGAGGAUACUGAUGGUAGGCCUGGUUGUUCGCUGGACACACGCCGUGUAUCAUGUAAAAGAAAGGCUGUUGAACGAAGUGUAGGGCAAUCUUCAGGUGGUGGAAGUUCUAGCUAUAGUCAGCAUACAGAUGGUAAUACUUGGAACACUCUUCCUACUCAGGAUUAUGUAGGAAGCAGUUUUAACAGAUCUGCCUCAACAGAACAGGUGAAUGCGAGACUCGGUCUGAGUACUGGGGAUGGAGCCGCUGAGAGCAUUCCUUGGUCAAAUGUUGCAGGAAGCUCAGAAAGCUUCCACAGAAAUUUUCGUGUGAGGAUAAAUCCUUCAAGUCAACAAAUUUCGGUUCCACCCCCUGCAAUCUCAAGUGGGAGUGUUCUUAGGAAUUCUGGUGUCUCUUCGUCCUCUCCAAUGUUGCAACGGUUUCAUUCUGUUGAUAAUUCUCUGGACUUGAGGUCAGCACCACCUGUCGUUGAUACUAUGGUUCCCCAAAGCCAGCCACUUGUUAUUCAUGUUCCAGCUUUACCAAGGAAUGUGCAGCCAUUCAGGUGGAAUGGAGGUUCCAGCUCAGCCAACAAUCAUCCUUCAAACACAGUCAUAUGUGCAGAUAGAAAUAAUUUGCCAAACGAGGAAGCAAGUUCAAGAAGUGUGCCGAGAAACAUUGUAGAAUACCCUAUGUUUGUGCCUGCAACCAAUUUAAGAAAUGUGGUUAGAAAUCCCGCUAGAGCUUCAAAUAGUGCAAAUUUAAGUAUCCCAGGAAAUGUUGGUUCUUCAUCGAGGGCAGGCUCAAAUUCAGCUGUCAACCCUCCGUCUGCUCCGGCGUGGGUUUCUCGCCCUAAUCCUCAGCAGUAUCCUCGCAGGUUAUCCGAGUAUGUUCGUCGGUCCUUGUUUUCUCCUGGUUUGGAAGCUGCUGGAAGUUCAAGCAACAAUUAUGCUUCCUUCCGUGGCCCAUCUACUUCAUCUGGGGUAAACCCAUUUGAGAGGCAAGGUGAUAGUGAAUUUGGAAUUCAGUAUUCAUUACGAUCUUUGGCUGCUGGUGGUGAAGGAAGUAGUAGACUUGUAUCUGAGCUCCGCAAUGUAUUGGGCCUCAUGCGUAGGGGUGGGAACCUACGAUUUGAGGAUGUUAUGAUCCUCGACCAUUCAGUGUUCGCUGGAAUUGCUGAUAUGCAUGAUCGACACAGGGAUAUGCGACUUGAUGUUGAUAACAUGUCUUACGAGGAGCUACUUGCUUUGGAAGAACGCAUUGGAAAUGUGAGCACUGGCUUGAGUGAGGAGACCGUAUUGAAACACAUGAAAAAUAAGAAGUAUUCAGCUGAACCAGGUUCUCAGCAGGAGGCAGAACCAUGUUGUGUUUGUCAGGAGGAGUACAAAGAUGGAGAUGAUUUAGGAUCACUGGAUUGUGGGCAUGAUUACCAUACCGAAUGUAUUAAGCAGUGGCUAAUGCAUAAGAAUUUGUGUCCCAUUUGUAAGACAACAGGGUUGGCAACAUGAGACUUGUAUCAAAACAUUUUAGCUUAGAAGAUGAACAUUGAGUUAGGUCAAGGAAAGUGGCACAAUUAAUCAGAAUUUUCUGCUGAAUUGUAGCUGAAGUCUCUGGUGCAAUGCUGCUUUCUAAAUGGCCCAUCUUCUUAAGCCUUAGCCAAAUUUCUUAUUAUCAUUUUUUGUUUAUUUGUAGAAGAAGCCAAUGAUCUCCGGUUAAAGUGACACAUGAGAUGAUUGGUGUGGAUAAAGGAACAUUUCUUAACUGUAGUUUACAAGGCUUGUUUUUAUACAUUUAUGAAAUUUUUUACACAUUGCUCA